AUGUCGGACGAGGACCAGCGUCGAACGGAGCAAUACUUCCAGCACACUACGGCACCCAAAUGGGGCGACGAGCGGCGUGAGCAGGUGGAGGCGUUCCUGGACCACCACCGAGUGGUAGGCAAGUGCGUGGCCGUGGUCACGUCCGGCGGCACGACCGUCCCGCUCGAGCGCAACACUGUGCGCUUCCUGGACAACUUCUCCACGGGCUCCAGGGGCGCCGCCUCCGUCGAGUACCUGCUGGGACUGGGUUACGCAGUCAUCUACGUGCACCGACCCGGAUCCAUUGCGCCCUUCGCACGUCACGUGCAGCGAGCCACGAGCUCGUCGCUGGACGUCAAUUUCCUGGAGCACCUGGACGUGCGCAAUGGCGUCAUGGGCGACCAGGAGACCCGCCUGCUGGUGGAGGACCCGACGGCCAAGAAGAAGGUGGUGGACGCAGUGCACAAGCUCCGGACUGUGCGCGCAGCCAACACGCUGCUGUCGCUGCCCUUCACCUCGGUGGACGACUACUUCUUCGUGCUGCGGAUGGUCGCGACGUGCGUCGCGCCCUGGAGGGAGCGCGCGCUGUUCCUCCUGGCCGCAGCCGUGAGCGACUUCUACAUCCCGCAGCAGGACCUGUCGGAGCACAAGAUCCAGUCGCGCGCGGGGCCGUUGGAGCUCACGCUGCAGCAAGUGCCCAAGAUGCUGGGCGUGCUGCGGCACUCGUGGGCUCCGCAGUCGUUCGUGGUGUCGUUCAAACUCGAGACGGACUGGGACAUCCUGCGCAAGAAGGCCAAGCAGGCCAUCGCCAAGUACGCCAUGCACCUGGUGGUCGCCAACGAGCUGCACUCGCGCUUCGACGAGGUGCUGCUGAUCACUGACAAGGACGAGCGCGCCAUCACGCGCCCCAAGGACGAGGCCGACAUCGAAGCGGCGCUCAUGGAGGCGGUCGCGCGCAUGCACUACCAGUACAUCGCGUCCCACGACGUGUGCGUGCCCGAGGAGAUUGGCCACCGCGAGGAGAUCCUGGGCGUCGUGAUCGGCGGCUUGCUGUCCGUGAUGCUCAACAUGCUGCAGAGCCAGCUGCGCCGGUCGCGCUAA